UGCGGUGCGGCCAUGGCAGAGCUGAUGUGUCCCGGUCCGUCCCCGCUGCUGGCGGCUGCCUGCCGGGCGCACGAAGCGGCUUUCGGGGGGCCGGCGGUGCUGGCGGCGUGGGCCCCCGGCCGGGUCAACCUCAUCGGCGAGCACACCGACUACAACGGCGGCUUCGUGCUGCCCAUGGCUCUGCAGCUGGGGACGGUGCUGGUGGGAUCCCCCACGCAGGACGGGACCAUCUCCAUCCUCACCACCUCGGCGGAGGCGGAUGAGCCCCACAGGGUGCAGUUCCCAGCUCCCCACCACGGCAGCUCCCUGAGCCCGGGGCGGCCUCGCUGGGCCAACUACGUCAAGGGCGUCAUCCAGCACUACCGGGGUGGUGCCGUGCCAGGGUUCAGCGCCGUGGUCGCCAGUGACAUCCCCCUGGGCGGGGGCCUCUCCAGCUCGGCCUCUCUGGAGGUGGCUACUUACACCUUCCUCCAGCAGCUCUGCCCUGAUGAUGGUGAUUUGGUAGCCAAGGCGCUGGCGUGCCAGAAAGCAGAGCACACGUUUGCUGAGAUGCCCUGUGGGAUCAUGGACCAGUUCAUAUCCGUGAUGGGCAAGGAAGGCCACGCUCUACUCAUUGACUGCAGGUCCCUGGAGACUGUCCCUGUCCCACUGACCGAUGCCAGGCUGGCCGUGCUCAUCACCAACUCCAACGUGCGGCACACGCUGACGGGCAGCGAGUACCCCGCGCGCCGGCGGCACUGCGAGGAGGCAGCGGCGGCACUCGGCAAGGCCAGCCUGAGGGAUGCCACCAUGGCCGAGCUGGAAGCGGCCAGGAGCCGGCUGGGCGAGGAGGUGUAUCGGCGUGCCAGGCACGUCAUCGGCGAGAUAGCACGGACAGCCCGGGCAGCACAGGCGCUGCAGGACAGGGACUACAGGAUGUUCGGGAGGCUGAUGGUGGAGAGCCACAACUCCCUCAGGGAUGAUUAUGAAGUGAGCUGCCCCGAGCUGGAUGAGCUGGUAGCAGCAGCUCUGGAAGUCGAUGGGGUUUAUGGCAGCAGGAUGACCGGGGGAGGCUUCGGAGGCUGCACGGUGACACUGCUGGAAGCUGGGGCUGCAGAGAGAGCCCAGCAACAUAUCCAGGAGAAAUACAGCGGCACAGCCACGUUCUACCUCACCAAGCCCUCUGGAGGGGCAAAGGGGCUGCCCCUGUAGAGGGCAAGCACCUCACCUGGGAUCCU